AUGUCAACCUUCAGCUGGCGUCCGCCAUCUGUUCCCUUCGAAGCGCAGACACGCGAUGGCUCGCCUUUUACUGUCUGGCAUGUCUGCAUCAUCUGCCAACAACCAAGAUCUGCUCGCUACCACUCUGAGCAUCCUGUUGACCCAACCCUCGCAGUCUCGCCGCCUCAGACCAUCUGUCGUCGUUGCGCAAACAAGUCUCCUUCGUUGCCAUUACCUCUUUUGCUUCCCGCGCCUCAAACUUCACCACCACCAUCAUCAUCACCUCAGAUCCCGCCGCCUCAAAACUAUCCUGCACCUACUCAAGACCGUCCUGCACCUAUCCAAGACUAUCCUGCACCAGUCAAAGAGUACUCUGUGCCCUCCGGAGGCGUUCCUCUGCCCUUUCAAGAUCAUCCAUCAACCAUCAGUAACCGUUCAGCACCCAUGCAGGACUAUCCACUGCCUUACAGGGAACGCCCCUUACCUCUUGCCAACAACAAGCCUACCAAGCGGCGUGUUUCCUUCUCUGAGGAGGAUGAGGUAGCUACUCUUCCGCCAGAUCUGCCCUCCAAUCACGACGAUCGUUCCAUGCAAGGCCUUUCUCGCAUGCGUCUGCAACCUCCCAACCUUUCUGGAAAGCCAGAUGUCCAUGACGACUACGUGUACGAGAAACAGCGCAGUCGCACCUAUGUCGACCCUACCGAAAGACCUUAUGUCCCAGAGCCCAAGUGGGUCCCACUCAGCGAAUCUCCUGGACGCGAGCUUCCUCUUGUAGAGGAGUCGUACGCUCAUGGCCCUUACAGAGCUGAGAACUCACCUACACCAAGCAUGCAAGUUCACGUUGACAAGGACGACUUUGUUCCCGACAAGGGUAGUGAACCUCGCAAAGCUCCUCGACAGUAUUUACACCGACCAGUCAGGCAGGAAGAUCGUUCAUGGACCAGAUAUGUGACGGUCAAGGAAUACAGAGACGAAAAGGGACCUUUCGUUGAAGUCGAGGAGAAGUUUGUCUUUGACGAUUGA